CUUUGCCUGUUAAAGUGGAAGGAGGCUGCAGGGCUCCGGCGGAGGCCGCCUCGGAGUUUUUCACUGAGGCAGGGGUCAGCUGAAAGACAAAGAAAAAUGGCGAAUAGUUUGGUGGGGGGGCCGCGGUUCGCCCUCGCCCCGGAGUGGACCUUCCCGGCUCGGCAUCUCCUACGCCUUUUGUUUCCUCCGUCCUUGGGGGGGAGGGCUAGCAGUGACUUAAUUUCUCCCUGUCCGAGGAGAGAUAUAAAUAGCUCCAUGUAAAAUUAAUGCAGUUCCCGCAGUCUCUGAUCUGCAUGUUACCAGCUACUCCAAAUUGUAUUUAUGAUUUUUAAACCAGUUGUGGAUUCUGGCAAGUGUGUUGUUAACUGGCAAGCAUGAGAACCUUGGAAUUGUGGGGUCUAUCCUAACUCCAUCCAGCAGAAGUCCAGAACUGUACAGGGAAGUCGAAGGUGAAGGUGAAGGAGGGGACAUCCGGAGAGGCCUAGACAAAUCAUCCUACCGGGACCCAAAAGUUUAGAUGGGGAAGCUGAUGACGCUGAGGCUCAGAGAGAUUAAGUGACUUCCCCAAGGUCACACAAUUACCAGAAUGUCCACUGAUGGAGGGUUUGGCAGUACCAGCAGCAGUGAUGCUCAGCAGAGCCUACAGUCCUUUUGGCCUCGUGUCAUGGAAGAAAUUCGAAAUUUGACAGUGAAAGAUUUCCGUGUGCAGGAGCUUCCUCUAGCUCGUAUUAAGAAGAUCAUGAAACUGGAUGAAGAUGUAAAGAUGAUAAGUGCUGAAGCCCCUGUACUUUUUGCCAAGGCUGCCCAGAUAUUCAUCACUGAGCUGACAUUACGAGCCUGGAUCCACACAGAAGACAAUAAACGCCGGACUCUCCAGAGAAAUGACAUCGCCAUGGCAAUUACAAAAUUUGACCAGUUCGACUUUCUCAUCGAUAUUGUUCCAAGAGAUGAACUGAAACCUCCCAAGCGUCAGGAAGAGGUGCGCCAAUCUGUGACUCCCGCCGAGCCCGUCCAGUACUACUUCACAUUGGCCCAGCAGCCUGCAGCAGCUGUCCAGGUCCAGGGUCAGCAGACUGGCCAGCAGACCACCACCUCCACCACCACCAUCCAGUCAGGACAGAUCAUCAUUGCCCAACCUCAGCAGGGCCAGACCACCCCAGUGACGAUGCAGGUUGGAGAAGGCCAGCAGGUGCAGAUCGUCCAGGCCCAGCCCCAGGGCCAGACGCAGCAGACACCAAGCAGCACAGGACAGACCAUGCAGGUGAUGCAACAGAUCAUCACCAACACAGGGGAAAUCCAGCAAAUUCCGGUGCAGUUAAACGCCGGCCAGCUGCAGUAUAUCCGCUUAGCGCAGCCUGUAUCAGGCACCCAGGUUGUUCAGGGACAGAUCCAGACUCUUGCAGCUAGUGCACAGCAGAUUACACAGACAGAGGUCCAGCAAGGACAGCAGCAGUUUAGCCAGUUCACAGACGGACAGCAGCUGUACCAGAUCCAGCAGGUCACCAUGCCAGCAGGCCAGGACCUUGCACAGCCCAUGUUCAUCCAGUCGGCUAACCAGGCCUCCGACGGGCAGACCCCUCAGGUGACGGGUGACUGAGCCCAGCUGGGGCCUCAUCCAGCACAGCCAGUGCACGGGGCCAUACAGACUCCAUUUCUGCCACUGUGGCCUGGCUUGAGUGUCCCACCUUCCCCAGAGCCUCCCACGGGCAAAGACACUGGUGCACACAGCCCAUGCUGCGGUCUAGGAAAUCGCCAACUGAAAGAUGCAAUAUUUUUUCAUUUCCUUUUUCUUUUUUUGUUUUUUUUUUUUGUUUUAUAAAGGAAUCAAUAUUUCAGUAUGUUGAGCUGUAUGUCCAAUGCUAUUGAAAUGGGAAAUAUUCAAUAACAUAUUUAUAACAUUUUCUUGAGGUGUGGCUACAAAAGACUGCCCUCAUCAUGCCCCUUCUUCCCAAAAGCAGCUCUCCAGGUGUGGGAGUAGCUCCCACAACAGCUGCCUUAACCUUACUUGCCACCUCUGGCUAAUGCACCCAAUACCCUAGGUCACUGGGUGGUCGGUUGGCCGGUUCUCACCUGCCCCUGUCCAGAAUGAAGCAUCCACCUCUGGAAGCUGCAGGAACAGUUUUCGUGUUCAACGAUGAACUUGCCUCCAGGCACAGUGUCUCAUUUCUUCUGGACCCCCUCUGUCCCAGGGAAACUGGGGCUCUCCUCUUUUUUCCCUCCACCUGUCCACCCCCAAUUUUCUCCCCUGAAGAAGCAAAUGAAUAAUUAUGCUCGUCUCCUUCGCUGCAUGGACUUCAAACUGCAUGAAUUGAAAUGCAAUGAAUAAAGCUCCUUUUUAGAGAA